UCCUGCAGAGCAACAUAUGAAGGAGCUGCUAUCAUGGGGAUUGAGAAGAGGGUUUUGGCUCUUCUGCUUCUGCAGCUGUGCUGUGUUGGCUGUGGAUUGGGUGGGAAGGUCCUGGUGUGGCCCUUUGACAUGAGCCAUUGGCUCAACAUGAAGAUCAUUCUGGAGGAACUCACAGCAAGGGGACAUGAGGUGACGGUGCUGGUUCCUUCAGACAAUUUCAUCAUGAACAAGGACAAGCCUUCCACACCAAACUUCAAGCUGGUUCCUGUGCAAAGUGGUGGACAGAGAUUUAUGAAUAUAAUAAAUGAAUUUUUGGAUGUAUCUGUUAAUGUCAUGCCAAAAUUGUCAUUCUGGCAAUCAGCAAUGGUACUACAAGACAUGUUCCUUCAGUCAACUGGAGAGAUUAAAAUUCUAUGUGAGAAUGUCGUGCACAAUCAGACUCUCAUGAAGAAGCUCAAGGAAACUAACUACAAUGUGAUGAUUAUAGAUCCUUUUAUGCCCUGUGGAGAGCUUGUAGCUGAGUUGCUUGCAAUCCCCUUUGUGCACACAUUAAGGGCUUCUGUAGCUGGCGUUUUGGAGAAAUACUGCGGAAAACUUCCAGCUCCACCUUCCUACGUGCCUGUUCCCACGUCUGGACUAGGAGACAAGAUGACUUUUCUGGAAAGGCUGAAAAAUCUAAUGAUUUCCCUUUUUUUUGACUUCUGGUUCCAAUCAUAUGAUGUUCAGUUUUGGGAUCAGUUUUACAGUGAAGCAUUAGGAAGGCCCACUACAUUGUGUGAGACUGUGGGGAAAGCUGAAAUUUGGCUAAUCCGAACAUAUUGGGAUUUUGAUAUUCCUCGUCCAUACUUACCUAAUUUUGAGUUUGUUGGAGGAUUGCAUUGCAAGCCUGCCAAGCCUUUACCUAAGGAAAUGGAAGAAUUUGUCCAGAGCUCAGGUGAAGAUGGUGUUGUGGUGUUUUCUCUUGGGUCAAUGGUCAAAAACCUCACAGAAGAAAAGGCCAAUCUCAUUGCCUCUGACCUUGCACAGAUUCCACAGAAGGUUUUAUGGAGAUACAAAGGAAAGAAACCAGCCUCAUUAGGAGCCAAUACUCGGCUCUAUGAUUGGAUGCCCCAGAAUGAUCUUCUUGGUCAUCCCAAAACAAGGGCUUUUGUCACUCAUGGUGGAACAAAUGGGAUCUAUGAAGCUAUUUAUCACGGGGUCCCUAUGGUGGGAAUUCCCCUCUUUGCUGAUCAGCCUGAUAACAUCGCAUACCUGAAGGCCAAAGGAGCAGCUGUGGAUGUGAACUUGAACACAAUGACAAGUGCAGAUUUGCUCAGAGCUUUGAAAAUAGUCAUUAAUGAACCCUCUUAUAAAGAGAAUGCUAUGAGGUUAUCAAGGAUCCACCAUGAUCAGCCGAUGAAGCCUCUGGACCGAGCGGUCUUCUGGAUCGAGUUUGUUAUGCGCCACAAAGGAGCCAAGCACCUCAGGCCAGCCGCCCACGACCUCACCUGGUUCCAGUACCACUCUCUGGAUGUCAUUGGGUUCCUGCUGGCCUGUGUGGCAACUGCUAUAUUCUUGGUCACAAAAGGUUGUUUGUUUUUUUGUCAAAAAUGUAGUAAAGCAGGAAAGAAGAAAAAGAGGGAAUAGAUACAUUCAUGUUUGUGAAAUGCUUAAGUGGAACAAUCCUGUUUAUUCUAGUCACAAUGAGCUUCAUGAGAACAUUUCACCUCCUUCUUUUCCAAUUUCCCAUUCUACUACCUCAGCCUAACAGUAGGGCUGAGAGUUCCACAAAAUCAUUAAGUAGUGUGUGUGUCCCAGUCAUCCUUUGUCUUUUCCAGGAGUCUUUACCUUUUUCCUCCCACUUUCUUGACCCAGGGGCCCUAAUAAUUCUAAUAUGUUCUAUUCAUAAAAUCAAUAUCUUCAUUUUUUAACAUUAAGUGAUAUACUGACUAGCAGUGUGCUGACUCCUGGACUCUUGGGAAGCAUACAACAGGUGAGCUGUAUUCAAUGGAGGCGGGGAUCUCAGAGGAGUAAAAUUCACAAGUUCUCUUACACUGGACUAAUCAGGGCACAUCAUAGAAGCUUAGACUGUUAUGAGAAAAUUAAUGAUUUUUUUUUUCCAAUAAAAACAAACCUUUCUCCUUGCAACAUGUUACUGGGAUUAGAACAUAAAUUGAUAAUAACUGUGAUAGGGCAUCACAUUAGGAAAGAUUCAUGAUAUUUCUAUAAAGCUUAUCUAGAAUAGCAUGGCCUAAAUUUCUGUCUUUAGCAACAAAUACUCUCGUGCUCUCUGUGUGCAAUGAGCAGUUGUUGACACUGCUUUCAAACAAUAAAAAGAAUCAGUGAGUCAUUACUUUUUCUCAAGAACAGAAUUUCAUCAACAUAUUUUUAGUAUUUUUUUAUUAUUAUUAAGAUUUAUUCACAUACUAUACAAGCAUCCAAGGUUGCUGAUGUGCUCACAAACAUUGAGGACUGGUGGUUUAAUAUGCUGAACCCUCUAUCAUGGGACUU